AGUCACGUGUGAGUGUGUCAUGUGAUUAAUGAAUUGUGAAUCAAAAACAGCUUCUGUCUGUCCUUUGUACUCUGAAUGUUUGUGCAGCCUAUGCAUGCACCUAUAUUAACGAGUUGACAUAUUGCACUGAACGUACCAGGUUGUAAGAGGAGUAUGCUGCACAGUGCUGAUUGUUAAAUACUGAACUCAUUCUCCAAGUCCUCUACUAAUAAUGACGCUGCAGCUAAGGAUCCUGUUCCUGGCUCUGCUGGGCCUGAGCUCAGCGCUGGUCUGUCCAGAUGGAGGCAUGUGUGAGGACAACGACACCUGCUGCAUGAACGCCGAGGGCGGAUACGGAUGCUGCCCACUACCCCACGCUGAGUGUUGUUCAGACCACCUCCACUGCUGCUUUGAGGGAACCGUUUGUGAUCUGGUUCACUCCAAGUGUGUUAAUAAGACCGUUUCCCUGCCAUUGAUGAGGCGACUCCCUGCCAAACAGGCCCUACUCGUCCCUCAGCUCGAGGAGAGGGUCAAAGCAAUCACUUGUCCAGAUGGGGAGUCUGAAUGUCCCGAUGACACCACUUGCUGCCAGCUUCUUGACGACUCCUGGGGCUGCUGUCCGUUAGCUAAGGCGGUGUGUUGUGAGGAUAAACUCCACUGUUGCCCUGAGAACACAAAGUGUGAUAUCGCUCACUCAAAGUGUGUGUCUUCCUCCCUGGCGUCUUUCCCCAUGCUGGAGAAACUGCCUGCCAGGAGGAAGAACAAUCCAGCUCCUUCAGCCGGUGCAGUGACAUGUCCUGGUGGAAAAAGCAGCUGCCCAGAUAGUUAUACGUGUUGCCUGCUAACCUCCGGAGACUACGGCUGCUGCCCCUACCCACAGGCGAGUUGCUGCAAUGAUCAUAUCCACUGUUGCCCUAGCAACACAAUAUGUGACCUGGUGCAUGGGGUCUGCCAGUCUGGUGAGACGAGCGUACCCAUGCUGAAGAAGAUUGCUGCUCUACCUAAUGAUGUUCAAUGUCCAGACCAGAUAUCAGCUUGUCCUGAACAGACCACAUGCUGCAUGUUGACCAACGGGACAUAUGGCUGCUGUCCUAUGCCUGAUGCUGUCUGCUGCUCAGAUCACAUCCACUGUUGUCCUGAAGGCAGCCAGUGUGACCUCGUCCACAGCACCUGUUUGGACGCCCGGGGAGAGAGCCCCAUGCCCUUGAAGAUCCCCGCUGCUGAGACACAGCUGGUGGGAGUCCAGAGCACAGUCGGUGCUGUUCCCUGCAACGGCUCUGUGGCCUGCGCUGACGGAUCCACCUGCUGUAAAACGUUGCAGGGAGAAUGGGCCUGUUGUCCGCUACCUAAGGCCACGUGUUGCGAGGACCACCUGCACUGCUGUCCCCACGGCACCACCUGUAACCUGGCAGCCUCCACGUGUGACGGUCUGUCGGGCAGCCCCGUGAUGCCCUGGCUCAGCAAAAUGCCCACCUUCCCCUUAGUGAGCGACAACAGCAAAUGUGACAAAUCCACGUCGUGCCCUGGAAAAUCCACCUGCUGCAAGACGGAGGCUGGAGGCUGGGCCUGCUGUCCGCUGACUCAGGCUGUGUGCUGUGACGACCACACCCACUGCUGCCCUCACGGCACAGUCUGCAACCUGGAGGCUGAAACCUGCGACGACCCUGCGGGGGCCUCGCCCUCCCAUCGCUGGGUGGAGAAGGUCCCGGCUCUGACCUCAGAGGUGGAGGCGGAGAAAUGUGACAAGCAGACCAUGUGUCCGGGAGACACCAGCUGCUGUAAGAGCUACUCCGGGCAGUGGGCCUGCUGCCCCCUACCUCAGGCUGUGUGCUGUAACGAUCAUGAGCACUGCUGCCCUAAAGGCUACAAAUGUAACGUGGCUGAGCAGACGUGUGAUAAGCCCGGCGCCCUCAGCCUGCCCUGGCUGCAGAAGAUCCCCGCCCUGCAGAGGGAACCCAGCCGGGCCGUCACCGGUUCAUCUCCGUCGGCCAGGAACAUGUGUGACGCUCAAACCAGCUGCCCCAAAGACACUACUUGCUGCUUCAUGGACAGGACACAAAAAUGGGGCUGCUGCCCUCUGCCGCAGGCGGUGUGCUGUAGGGAUGGAAACCACUGCUGCCCCAGCGGUCACACCUGUGAGCCUCACCGCUCUUCCUGCUCUAAGGGCCCCAGUGUUGCUAUUCCGUGGUUCACCAAACAGAGCGCCCAGACCGAGCUGAGCGCAGUCACAGACAUUAAAUGUGACGACAAGAGUAGCUGCCCCUCGGGAACCACCUGCUGCCAGCUGCAGACGGGAGAGUGGGGCUGCUGCCCGCUCAUCAAGGCGGUUUGCUGUGCAGACCGCGAGCACUGCUGUCCUCAGGGCUACUCCUGCAACAUGCAAACUGGGACAUGCGAGAAGAAGAACCACAACGUGCUCACCCUCACCCUCCCUCAGAGCAAAGUGGUGCAGUCCGAGCCUAGAGACCCAGAGAACGACGCAGACGUACCAUGUGACAGCACGGGGGAGUUCCACUGCCCAAAGCAGGAAACGUGCUGUAAAGUGUCCAACUCGGCUUGGGCCUGCUGCCCCUCACCCAGGGCGGUGUGCUGCACUGACUCGAAGCACUGCUGUCCUGCGGGCUUCUUGUGUGACCUAAAGGAUGGAGGCUGCGUCCCACACUCUCAGCUGACCUGGGACUUUUUGAUCGGCAACAGGAAGAAAGACUUUGUCCCACAUGGACUUUAAUGCCAAACAAAGAUGCACUGAUCUUCUUUAUAAAAUCCAUCUACUGCUGACGCUGUAUAUGGGCAACACUUCCUGUUUGCUUAUUCAAUGAGGUGUAUUUAUGACCAACUGUGUGCACUCCUAGGUUUGUUUUUUUGGUGGUUGGUGUGGAAAUGUAAAAUGAAGUAGAAGCACUUUGCUACAGAGCUCAACAGGUGACACGACAGCCUCUCAUUCACUAUAAUGUUUAAUUGUUUCAACUUGAAGUGAAAAACAGCAAAAGGGGAGUCCUUUCAUGAUUUUCACCAGGCAGAAAAGCCUAAUUUUCUGGAAUUCAACAUGUUAAUGUAACGGCAAUAACAAUCAGACUUGGGAUUUACUGUGUCUCUUUAAGGAUGAUGUUGCUGUUAUUCUGUAUUCAUCUUAUUGUCAACAAAUCCCAUGCAAACUCCAAACCAGAAUAAGAUUUUAAAAAUGACUCAAAUGUAUCGUUUCUUAUUUUCUCAUUGUUUCUCAUACCUGGGAUAUAAAGUUGGAGAGGCAGUUUUUAUAUGUUUUAAAACAUACCUUUUUUAAUUCUGUUUCAGCUGUUAUUCAACACAUAAACAAGCCUUGAUUUUGUUUAGAAAAUAUCUAGCUAGUGUCAACAUGCCACAUCCUUUAUUCAGUUUGUGUUUCAUUGGGCUUUUGUACUUAAAUAAAUAAAAUACAGAUGGAUAAAGGUUAUGGUGGUGCUGGACUGGUUACCUCGGGAUGUAAAAGGGAAUUAUGGGGAAAAUGUAAAUAGAGUUUACACUUUUUUGUUCCUUGCAAUCAGGUUUCUAUGACCUGGUACCUCUCUGCAGCCAAGCGAUUAAGGAUUUUUUUUCCUGAGUUUGUCAUGGUGUUUCCCAUAUAAAAUAUAUUACACAACCUUAUGCUAAAAUAUAUUGUUCUAAAGGAAAUGGUGUAUUUGUUGCGGACUAUUUUCUGUGGCGGAUUAAUCCACAUUUGGUGCUCUAGGGAAUAUUGGGGGCAGCAGGACAGUGUUUGGGACAGAAAAAGAGCCUAGAACCAGCAGUCCAGCUAGGCAGAAAAAAACAGGAUGUGAAAAAGAGACCAGCAUCCAGAUAAUCAAUUAAAAAUACACUGAAGUCAGCUUGAUGAUUUGAUUCCUAUAUAAUUUCUCCUAUUAAGAGAGAAAGCUAGCCUGAUUUUGGACAACAUUUGAUAAGAUACAAAAGACAAUAGGCUGAAGGUGUUUCUAAGAAUAGUAAUCUGCCUCUGUAUUGGCCCGACUCUGUGAGGAAGCAGUGUUUCCUGCUUUCAUGAGCUCAAUUGUUGACUGUUAUUCUGCUUAUCAGUGGGGGCAACACACCGAUACAUUGCAGCUGUAGAUAGUUUCCAAUCGCUGAAAGAUUGUAAAACUAUCUCGUAGAGGAAUUCAGAGGAUAUUUGAAGGACUUUCUAAGUAAUGAGAUUAUUGUAAUUGGAUGAAUAAAGAUGGGACCCAGAUUGAA